AUUUGAGUGGCCUCUAUAAAUGGCAGGCAUAAAGACAGGUUGCACACACAUAGCAUCCAGCUACUGCAUCUUUCUGAGCAUCUACUGAGCCAAGUCUGCAGCCCAAGUCACAAUGUCUUAUCCUGUCAGCUAUGAGCCCAAGGGGGUGCAGAAUUUUGCUGUCAGUGCCCCCAGCAAAUGGAGUUCUGAUACCUGUGACUGCUGCACCGACGCAGGAAUCUGUCUAUGUGGAGCCUUUGUACCCUGCAUUUUGGGUUGUAGAGUGGCAAAGGAUUACGGAGAGUGCUGCUGCCUGCCAUUUCUGUUUGGCAGCACUCUUGCCAUGAGGACAGGAAUGAGGGAGCGCUACCACAUUGAGGGCACUAUCUGUAAUGAUUGGGUGUGCGUCUCGUUCUGUGGCCCCUGCACUCUCUGCCAAAUGGCUCGGGAACUAAAGGCCAGGAACUGAAAAGACUACAAGACAUUGGGGGAAGGGACAUAAGGACAUUUGCCUGAAGGACCUAAUUACUUUUGGUUGGUUGAGACAAUUUUACUAUUGCACCUGUGCUGGACCCUUACAUGCCGUGUAGAUGGCAACACACUAGCAGUGUCAGCUAUACCUGCAUGAAUAUAUUGGAACCAAAUAUCCAAGACAAGUAACAAUUUAGAAGAUAAGAACAAUUAAAUGGUGACAAGAAAGUCAUAUUUUCUAAGCUUAUUUUGGCAUAAAUUAUACCUGUACGUAAAACCUCUGUAAUGUCACACCUGACAUUGGCUGACGGGUGUUGUAGUGUAACCUUCCAGCCACAGUUGGUGGAUCCUCACUGCAGAAGACCUGGACUUUCAAACAUUAUCAUGACCUAGUGACCAGCAUCACAUCAGUAUGCAAUAUUGUUAUUAUCUUAUAGUCAUUAAGGGGGUUAUUUGCCAAAACUCAUUCUCAUCAUUUCUCGACCAACAAACUCGACCAAACUCCCAUCCACGAUUUUACCAUGUUUAUUAAUAAAAUAACUCAACAAAUUUUA